GUGGAAGGAGGAAGCUUUUAUGGGCCAGGCUGCUCUCAGCCUGCCCACACGUUGGGGAUCCCAGAAUGCCUUGCUUCUCCUGGCUGCAUUAAAGAGAAGGCAGUAAUAGCAGCGAGCAGCUACAUCUUCACGGGAGAUUUGUAUUGUUGAAUAUUCAAAAUCUGGAAGCUGCCAUGGCUCUGACCAGUGCCUUCAAAGCUGUUACGAACACACCUGGACUGAUCAUCUGGAGGAUUGAGAAAAUGGAUCUAGUACUGGUACCUUCAAAAGCCCAUGGCAGCUUCUAUGAAGGGGAUUGCUAUGUUCUUCUCUCAACCCGUAAAUCAGGCACUGCCAUGACCUACGAUGUCCACUACUGGAUUGGGAAACACUCAUCAAAAGAUGAGCAGGGCUGCGCUGCCAUCUACACCACCCAGCUGGAUGACUACCUUGGAGGAGUCCCAGUACAACACCGAGAAGUGCAGGGCUAUGAGUCUGAGCAAUUCAAGGGCUACUUCAAGCAAGGUGUCAUCUACAAGAAAGGGGGUGUUGCCUCUGGACUGAACCACGUGGAGACUAAUACUUACAAUGUCAAGCGGCUGCUGCAUGUCAAAGGCAAGAGGAAUGUCACAGCUGCGGAGGUGGAGAUGAGCUGGGAAAGCUUCAACAAUGGUGAUGUGUUCCUGCUGGAUCUGGGCAAAAUCAUCAUUCAGUGGAAUGGGCCCGAGAGCAACAAGCAGGAACGUAUGAAGGGGAUGCUCCUUGCGAAGGAUAUCCGUGACAGGGAGCGUGGAGGUCGGGCUGAGAUUGGCAUCGUGGAGGGCGAUGAGGAAAAAGCCAGCCCAGAUUUAAUGAAGGUGUUGGAGAGUGAACUUGGAGAAAGGCCCCGUCACAUCAAAUCUGCUGUUCCUGAUGAGGUGGUGGACCAGCAGCAGAAGAUGCAAAUCUCGCUCUAUCGUGUUUCAGAUUCAGGAGGGAAAAUGGAGGUUACAGAAGAAGCCCAGCGGCCUCUUAUUCAGGACAUGUUGAGCCAUGAUGACUGCUACAUUUUGGAUCAUGGUGGGAUGAAAAUCUAUGUGUGGAAGGGCAAAGGAGCCACCAAAGUGGAGAAGCAAACAGCCAUGUCUAAAGCUCUGGAAUUCAUGAGGAUGCAAGGCUACCCUUGCAGCACGAACCUGGAGACUGUGCACGAUGGAGCUGAGUCUGCCAUGUUCAAACAACUCUUCCAGAAAUGGGCUGUGGCUGACCAGUCUGUGGGGCUCGGAAAAACCUACGCCGUGGGCAAAAUUGCUAAGAUCAACCAGGAGAAAUUUGACGUCACCCUUUUGCAUACUCAGCCAGAACUGGCGGCUCAGGAGAGGAUGGUGGAUAAUGGAGAAGGAACAGUGGAGGUCUGGAGGAUUGAGAACCUGGAGCUUGUUCCAGUGGACUCUCGGUGGCAUGGCUUCUUCUAUGGCGGAGAUUGCUACUUAGUUCUGUACACCUAUGAAGUGAGCCGGAAGCCACGUUAUAUCUUGUACAUCUGGCAGGGACGCCAUGCCACAGUGGAUGAGCUUGCGGCCUCAGCCUAUCACGCAGUGGAGGUGGAUCAGCACUACAACGGAGAGCCUGUGCAGGUCCGAGUGACCAUGGGCAAAGAACCACGUCACUUCCUGGCUAUCUUCAAAGGAAACCUUGUCAUCUUUGAGGGUGGAACGUCAAGAAAUGGUGGUAAUGAAGUGGAAGCCCAAGUGAGGCUCUUCCAGAUCCGUGGAACAGACAGCUCCAACACGAAGGCAGUGGAAGUGCCAUCAUCUGCAGAAUCUCUCAAUUCCAAUGAUGUCUUCUUGCUUAGAGCCCAGACAGGGCAUUACCUGUGGUACGGCAAGGGUUCCAGUGGUGAUGAAAGAGAGAUGGCCAAGCAGCUUGCCACCAUGAUUUGUGAUGGCCUUCAAGAGACCGUGGCAGAAGGACAGGAACCAAAGGAGUUUUGGGAGCUGCUGGGAGGCCAGGCUCCUUAUGCAAGUGAAAAAAGGCUGCAGCAGGAAGUCCCUGAUCACCCUCCCCGGCUUUUUGAAUGCUCCAACAAAACUGGACGUUUUGUCGUCACUGAGAUAACUGACUUCACCCAGGAUGACCUCAGUGAAAGUGACGUUAUGCUGCUGGAUACCUGGGACCAGAUUUUCUUAUGGAUCGGCAAAGAAGCCAAUGCAACAGAGAGGAAGGAGGCAUUGACAACAGCUCAAGAAUAUCUGCAGACCCACCCCAGUGGGAGGGAGACUGAUACUCCCAUCCUGAUAAUCAAGCAAGGCUUUGAGCCUCCCAACUUCACUGGCUGGUUCUUAGCUUGGGAUCCCUAUCGGUGGAGUGAAGGGAAGACAUACGAGCAGCUGAAGAAAGAACUGGGAGAUGCCAACGCCACCAUCAGGAUCACAGCUAAUCUGGAUGGUUCAUCUCUUACAUCAAAAUCAGGGAACUUGAAUGGUAGCAGCAGCAAACACCAAACCUACCCUCUGGAAAUCCUGCUGUCCAGUCGAGAUGAACUGCCUGAAGAUGUGGAUCCUGCUAAGAAGGAGAGCUUCCUAUCAGAAGAUGACUUUGUGAGAGUCUUUGGCAUCCCCAUAGAAGAAUUCAAUGCCCUCCCCACUUGGAAACAGCUCAACAUGAAGAAAGAAAGGGGGCUUUUCUGAAGAAGCAACAUUUCCAGAGAUGCAGCAUUUGCUCAAGUUUCCAUAAGCCACAGAAGGGAACUUCAGUGGUGAAAACAACCCAAGCUCAUCUCAAUUAUAAGGAAGUUCCUUCAAAUGGCAGAAACUGAAGAAGGAGUCGCAAAACAGAGGCAAGGUGUUGGAGAACAGAUGUGUGCACCGGGUAGUUUGCACUUCUGCCCAUGACUGCAGUAGAUGUUGUCUUCUCACCUGUAUCAAAGUAAGACUAAAGGCUAAUUCUGCCUUAUAUGCACAUGUAGACUGUGGUAGGGAUGGAAGAUGCCAUCAUGUUCUUCACUGCAGGCAACAAAAUGUCUUGAGCCAAGUGCAAAGCACACAGGCUAGAAAAUCCAAUUGAAAGAUGUAGGUACCUUGGCAUAUACAGUAGACUUUCAGUUAACUGGGAGAUUGGUGGAUGCCAGAUAAAUGUAGGUUCUGGUUACUUGAGAGUUACUAUUACAAACAGGUCUAACUAAUACUAUACUCCAUAUUAUACAUUACCAUUCACUCUGUAAUUACUUGAUAUUAAUACUGAAAUAGAGAAAUUAAAAGCAAUUAAGAUAAUAAAGACCAACUUAAUUUAAUGUAACACAGUUCCUCUGUAUUAAAAACAGCUUUGUGACUUUAAA